AUGGCUCGACAUUUAAGGCCCUACUUUCUGGCGCAUCCCAUUACAGUUCUGACUAAUAGUACUAUGGGAAAAGCUCUUACAAAUGUGGAAGUUGUUGGCCGACUCAUUAAGUGGGCAACUGAGUUGGGGGAGUACAACAUCAUUUAUCUGCUUCGGACAGCUAUUAAGGAGCAGGCCCUGGCUGAUUUCCUGACCGAAGUUCAUCAGACUGACUCUGAAGAAACCUGGAAGAUAUAUAUAGGCGGGUCAGCUACACGUCAAGGAAGUGACGUUGGAAUUCUUCUGAUAUCUCCUCAGGAAGAUGUUUUGCAGUUGGUCGUACGGUUGAACUUCAGAGCUACUAAUAAUGAAGCAGAAUAUGAAGCUCUAUUGGCAGACUUGCAAGCAACCAAACAUGUAGGAGCUGCCCGAGUCAUCAUUUAUUCGGACUCCCAACUAGUAACUCAACAAGUAGCAGGCAAUUUCGAGAUUAAUAGUGACAAGUUACAAGUAUAUCAGGAGGCCUAUGGGAAAAUGAAGCAGGAGUUCAAGGAGGUCACGGUGAGCAAGAUCCCCAGGUCAGAAAAUGGCCGGGCUGAUGAGUUAGCUAAAAUGACGAGCUCUUUGACCACCACAUGGGUACUAGAUAAAUCGAUAACACAAACCUUCCUUAUAGCGCAGAUAGACCUACAAAGUAAUAUGGAUGGGGUUAUUGACUGGCGAGCAUCGAUGAUCCGCUAUCUUCAACAGGGUACUCUUCCAAUAGAUCUGGAACAAGCGCGACUGGUCAGGAAAAAGGCCCAUGCCUACACCAUGGUGGGAUAUCAACUAUACAAACGAGCGUUCUCCAGGCCUUUACUCAAAUGUAUCAACAUAGAAGAGGCAGAUCAGGUCUUGCGAGAGAUGCAUCUGGGGUGUUGUGGCAGUCAUGCUGGAGGUCGGACACUAUCCAGGAACGUGCUAUUAGCCGGAUACUUCUGGGCCACUAUACAGAGGGAUGCUCAACAACUCAUGAAUACUUGCUUGUCUUGCCAGAAACAUCAGAAUUUGAUGCAUACGCCUACCUCAGUGUUAAAGACAUCCAUAGUUUCCUUCCCUUUUGAUCAAUGGAGUAUGAACAUCGUCGGACCCUUUCCUAUGACAUCAGGUCAAAGGCGAUUCCUACUGGUGGCGGUGGAUUACUUUUCCAAGUGGGUGGAAGCUGAGGCCCUGGCCAGGAUUACCGAAGGAUCAAUUAUUCAAUUUCUAUGGAGAAACAUCCUGUGCAGAUUUGGCAUACCCUAUAAGCUAGUAUCAUACAAUGGAAGACAAUUUCAAGGUCAAAAGAUCCAUGCCUGGUGUCAAGGGUUUGGAAUUACCCAGUCCUUCACCUUUGUGGCCUACCCUCAAAGCAAUGGGCAGACUGAAGUUAUCAACCGAGAAAUUGUGCGAGGAUUGAAGAUCAAGCUAGAACACGUCGGGGGAGAUUAG